CAAAAAAAAAUUAAAAUUGAUUUUGAAUCCACCACUUAUCGAACCCGGGGAUAGAGAGACUUUUGUGUUAUGAAAUGCCUCGGUUUAACCGCUGGUCUGAGGAGAAUCAUCUGUUAAAGAAUAUUACAUAAGCAUACUUAAACCAAUUAAUAUAGGAUAGGUUUCCAAAACAAAACAUUUCGAUUGGAAAAAGACGAAACUCUUGCCGUCUCAACACUCUCGCCGUUUCAAACUUCUCGAAUCUCACUCGUCUCCGCCUCUCGAAUCUCUCUCUCAUCUCCAUAUCUCUCGAUCUCCGACGAAAACCCAUCUCCAGAACUCUCUCUCUCUCUCGAUCUUUUACGCGAGCUCUCUCUAUUCUCCGAGAAAAACCAUUUCUAGAGCUCUAUCUCUUUAAGGUAUGUUGCAGAUUCAACCUUAUGUGUGUUUUCUUUCUGAGAGAUUGGUCUCCUGGUUUUUUCUUGUGUAUAGACUUGCUCGUUUUAACCUAAUAUGAUUGGUAGAAUUCUAGUUCAUGUGAAAGCAUGUGUAUAGACUUCAGGAAGGAUUUAUAUUGUUUCAGGAAACCCUUCCUGCAGAUUCAACUUUAUGUGUGUUUUCUUUCUGAGAGAUUGGUCUCCUGGUUUUUGCUUGUGUAUAGACUUGCUCGUUUUAACCUAAUAUGAUUGGUAGAAUUCUAGUUCAUGUGAAAGGAUGUGUAUAGACUUCAGGAAGGAUUUGUAUUGUUUCAGGAAACCCUUCCUUCAGAUUCAACCUUAUGUGUGUUUUCUUUCUGAGAGAUUGGUCUCCUGGUUUUUUCUUGUGUAUAGACUUGCUCGUUUACGCAGCAUAGAAACAAGAUGGGAGAUCCAUUACCAUUAAGACUAGCACUGCCUGAGCUGAGGUAUCCGAUUGGAUCAGAGCCAGAGAAGACGAUAUCGAUAAACCAACACUCGAUAGUUGCUUAUAUCAAAAUUGUUAAGGAAAUUCUAGGAAAUGAUGAGUUCAACAGAAUAAGAGGGACGUUUUUGGGACCGGUGAUCAAGCUUGGAGAGAGGUCUUUGAAAUUAUCAGCUAAGAUAGUGCACGCAGUUCUCACCAAAAGCAUCAAGACAGUGAAGAGACACGAAGCCUGGUUCCAUUUUGGUGCUCAGCCAAUGAGGUUCUCUAUAAGAGAAUUCCACAUGGUGACUGGUUUGAAAUGUAGUGGUGAAGCAAGAGAACCACGAGAGAAAACCGAGAGAUUUAAGUGGGACUUCCUAAAAGGGCGUACUCAUACAGUAAAGGACGUGGAGAAGCAGCUCAGAAACACAAGAGAAGAUGCUUCUGAUGAGAGAUUCUGCCUUGCAAUGCUCCUCCUGAUUGAGAGCAUACUACUACAGAAGAGCCUUCUCGACGGUGGCACAACUUUUACUUUGGAUUAUGUGAAAAUAGCGCAGGAUAUGGAUGUCUUGAUGACAUACCCAUGGGGGAGAACAGCUUAUAAUUUGCUGUUAAAAUCACUUCAGAGAGCUGUCGACAAAAGCCUCGACAAAAACAAUUAUGAUUUGCAAGGAUUCCCUAUGGCAUUUCUUAUAUGGAUACUUGAGUCAGUACCUUUGCUACAGUAUGCAUUCAGUCAAGUGGUUCCUAUUCUGAGCGUUCAACCGUCUACCCCAAUAUUUUUGUGUGAGAAGUACCUUCAAAUAGCUUCUCCACAGCUGAUAGAUGUUCUCCUAAUUGAAAUCAAAGAUCAUGUAAGUUUUUACAUUAUUUUUUUCUUGUUUCUGUUUUGCCUUAUGAUUCUCCAUUUAAAAGCUAAUUAUUUUUAUGGUUUCAGCUUAAGGUCAUAUGCAUCCUACCUCCUAUUCCUAAUGAUCCAGAAGCUGAUGUUUGCAUGGAAGACGAAGCUAAUAAAGAUCUGGAUGACAUGGCCGAUUUAUCCAAGAGAGGUUAUAAGUUUAAAAUUAGAGAUUGGCGAAACAUGUCAGUAGACCUAUACGGUGCUAAUGAACAAAUAAGAAGAGCA